AUGGUCGAACCCCCUACAAACGGGGAGAGUCCCCGAAACUCGCUCCCUCAGCGCCGUGAACGUGCCCCAACGAUUACGAUCGACACGUCUGCAGUGAGCCCGAUCACACCAACGGAUCCCAAUCUCCAAGCAAACAUUCCACCAAGCCAGCCAGCAGCUCCGUUCCUAGCGCGCGAAAGCUCAGAUGCAACACGAUCAAGCAUUUCGCCUACAGAUGCCCGGUCUUCAAAUUCGUUUGAUUUGCUGCGAGAGAGUCGACCUACCUCGCCUCACAAUAUCUCCUCCCCAACGCACAAAGCGAGCGAUAGUAGCCAUUCCCAUUUUCUAGCCGUCCCUGGUACUAGAUCUCGAGGCAACUCCUUGGAAUCAGAAAGCAAUGGAAGCAACAGUAGCUCCUUUGGUGGGGACACUUACGUUCAGUCAAGCCCUUCUCAAACCGACCCAGCGUCACACGAUCUUAGCCGAGGCGAAACCUUGAUCCUUAGCGACGACGAAGCUUUACGACCCGAUCCAGGAACGGAGCAUGAAUUCGAGGUGGAAGAUAACAAGUUCGCAUUUUCCCCGGGUCAAUUGAAAAAAUUUCUGAAUCCCAAAAACCUAGGCGCUCUUCACGCUGUAGGUGGAAUGGCGGGUCUCGAAAAAGGAAUAAGGACUGAUCGGUACUCAGGUCUGAGUAUUGAUGAGACUUAUCUUGAAGGAAAUGUGUCUUUCGAGGAUGCUGUUAACGUAGGCAAUGAAUAUCAAAACAAAACGCUUGUGGGAACCGACACGGUAGGAACCAAAUCGACACAGCGCUCUUCACCCCAAGAGCUAUAUGUUGACCGGAAACGGGUCUAUGGCACGAAUGUGUUACCCGAAAAGAAAAUCAAGACUAUCUGGGAACUAGCAUGGAUUGCUUACAACGAUAAGGUUUUGAUUCUGCUUUCUAUCGCUGCCGUGAUUUCACUCGCUCUCGGUAUCUAUCAAUCUGUUACCGCUACAGAUGGGGAAGCAAGAAUACAAUGGGUAGAAGGCGUGGCUAUUAUUGUUGCUAUCUUAAUUGUGGUAGGAGUAGGGGCAGUCAACGACUAUCAAAAGGAACGACAAUUCGUCAAGCUAAAUAAAAAGAAAGAAGAUCGAAAAGUCAAAGCUCUACGGUCCGGCAACACAGUGGAAAUAUCGGUUCAUGAUGUUCUAGUUGGUGAUAUUUUGCUCCUGGAACCUGGUGACCUUGUACCCGUAGAUGGUAUACUGAUUGAAGGACACGAUGUGAAAUGUGAUGAAUCUUCCACUACGGGCGAAUCCGACCUUCUACGAAAACAAGCUGCCGAUGAGGUGUACCAAGCUAUCAAAAACAACGAAAACCUGAACAAAAUGGACCCAUUCAUUCUGUCAGGAUCGAAGGUCACCGAAGGGGUGGGUAAAUUCUUGGUCACUGCCGUCGGAGUGAAUUCGGUUUAUGGAAAGACAUUACUCUCUUUACAAGAUGAAGGUCAGACGACACCGCUGCAAUCGAAAUUAAACGUGCUUGCCGAGUAUAUAGCUAAGCUGGGUCUUGCAUCUGGUCUCCUGCUGUUUAUCGUUCUUUUUAUCAAGUUUUGUGUCGAACUUGGCCAUUACGGAUCACCAGGAGAAAAGGGACAGGCUUUUCUACAAAUCUUCAUCGUCGCUGUUACAGUCGUUGUUGUGGCUGUUCCAGAAGGAUUGCCUCUAGCCGUUACUCUCGCUUUGGCCUUUGCAACAACGAGGAUGCUUAAGGACAACAAUUUGGUUAGACUGCUACGAGCUUGUGAGACCAUGGGAAAUGCGACUACGAUCUGCUCGGAUAAGACAGGCACUCUGACACAGAAUGUGAUGAAAAUUGUCGUCGGUGCUGUAGGUACCUCAAAUCGGUUUGCAGAUAGUGACGGCAACAAUCAAGACUCAGAAGAAGUCCCUCCUUCCGCAUUCUUAUCGAAGCUAUCGCCUGAUGUCAAAGAACUGCUUCUUCAAUCUAUCGUCUACAACUCGACUGCCUUUGAGACAACAGAGGACGGGAAAACUACCUAUAUCGGGUCCAAAACCGAGACGGCCUUGUUAACUUUUGCUCAGGAAUAUAUGGCACUUGGAAAUCUCAAUACAGAGCGUGCGAAUGCUAAUAUAGUUCAAAUCGUUCCUUUUGAUUCGACUCGCAAAUGCAUGGCGGUGGUCGUUAAGCUCAAAGAGGGUCACUACCGGAUGCUCGUCAAAGGUGCUUCUGAAAUUCUCAUCUCCAAGUCGACAAACAUUGUGGAUAGACCAGAGACUGGUCUUAAUGCUGUGUCUCUUACUGAUCGUAGCCGGUCAACCCUGGACAAUCUAGCCAAUUCAUAUGCGUCUCGGUCAUUGCGAGCUAUCAGCUUGUUGUAUCGUGAUUUCGACCAAUGGCCUCCUCGAGGAGUGCCUACACAAGAAGACGACCGAAGACUAGCUAACUUUGAUGCUGUCUUUGAAGGUAUGACUUUAAUCGGUGUGGUGGGCAUUCAAGACCCUCUGCGACCUGGCGUCACUGAAUCUGUCUACCAAUGCCAACGCGCGGGUGUUUUUGUUCGAAUGGUAACUGGUGAUAAUAUUAAUACAGCCAAAGCUAUAGCCCAAGAGUGUGGGAUAUUCACUCCUGGUGGAGUUGCUAUGGAGGGUCCUAAAUUCCGAAAAUUGAGCACUAAAAAAAUGAACCAGAUCAUUCCUCGGCUGCAGGUCCUAGCACGGUCCAGCCCUGAUGACAAGAAGAUACUUGUUUCGGCUCUCAAUAAACUGGGUGAGACGACCGCUGUCACUGGAGACGGAAGCAAUGAUGCUGCAGCUCUCAAAACGGCCGAUGUUGGCUUCUCAAUGGGUAUUUCUGGCACUGAAGUUGCCAAGGAAGCUUCCGACAUUAUCCUGAUGGACGAUAACUUUACCUCUAUCGUAAAAGCUAUCGCUUGGGGACGGACUGUCAAUGAUGCCGUGAAGAAGUUUCUUCAGUUCCAGAUUACUGUCAACAUCACGGCUGUUGUCUUGACCUUUGUAUCAGCAGUUGCAAGCGGCAACGAAUCCUCCGUACUCUCAGCGGUUCAGUUGCUAUGGGUCAAUCUUAUUAUGGACACAUUCGCCGCUCUUGCACUUGCUACCGACCCUCCUGCCGAGUCCGUCCUUAACCGCCGUCCCGAGCCAAAGUCUGCGCCGCUUAUAACUCUUACCAUGUGGAAAAUGAUCAUUGGACAGGCGAUCUACCAGCUAGUCAUCACAUUGAUCUUGAACUUUGCUGGAAGGGUCAUUUUCUCAGGUACAAGCGUGUUUGAGAACCCAGCAACCGAGGAAGCCGAAUUGAAAACCGUUGUUUUCAACACAUUCGUGUGGAUGCAGAUUUUCAACCAGUACAAUUGCCGCCGUCUUGACAAUUACUUCAACAUCUUCGAGGGCAUGUUCCGUAACUACUGGUUCCUCGGUAUACAGCUUAUUAUAAUCGGUGGACAGAUUCUGAUCAUCUUUGUCGGUGGCCAAGCUUUCUCUAUUCAACGUUUGAAUGGAGCUCAGUGGGCUGUCUCCCUUGUUCUUGGAGUCAUUUCUAUCCCGGUGGCUGUUAUCAUCCGUCUCAUUCCAGACGAAUUCAUUCGCCGGUUGAUUCCCACCUUUUGGAGGCGAAAGAAACGGGGUGGUCCUCGCGUUCUAGUGUCUGAUGAGGAGAGAAGCUAUGAGUGGAAUUCUGGUCUGGAAGAGAUCCGGGACCAGCUGACCUUCCUUAAGACUGUCCGAGGUGGACGUUUGAAGCAUAUUAAAAAUAAAUUGCAACAUCCGGAAGAUUUCUUCGCUGGGAGGUCUCGGAGCAAUUCGCGCUCUCGUGAUGAGUCGAUCCCGUCAACUCCAAAUGGGGAGCCUGAUUCCGGUUCCCCUCCACCAGCCACGCCAGACUCGCGAUCUCGCAACCGUACUCGAUCUCGAUCGAACUCUGCCUUUGGUCCAGCUGCGGCGAUGGCGGGUGUCAUUGCUGGCAGUGUGGCCGGCUGGUCUCCGAUUGAGCGCCAAAAUGGAGGUGAAGAUUCCUGGCAUCUGUCGGCCAAUGAUCCCCAUUCAGGACUAGACCACCAACAGGGACUCGAAAUUCACCCAGACACCAGCCAAGAUGACCCUAUCAUUAUUAACAAUUACGAUCUGUCCCCGUCAACUCCACCUAGUCAGAAUCCAGAUCUGGCUCCUGUUUUCGCUCACGCUCCUCCAGAUCGCACACCGAGUCGUGGCCGGCGCUCCACUUCACGGCGGUCACGCUCGAACACCAUGACUACAUUCAAUAGUCGUCGAUCUACGUCUCAGACGUAA